AUGCCUGGCCCUUGGGAUCGUGUCAAGAGCUUCUUCUCCAAUGGAAACUCCAGUCGCCGCGAAUGGCUUCAUGAAGAGGAGAGAGCCCUCCUACCAAGCCAUAGGAACCAAGGCAUUGCGUCUGCCAUCCCGCCGGCCGAGGUCAUGAAGGUUUGCCUACGACUGCGACACUUGAUCCGCGAAUGUGUUCCCUGCGAGCUUGAAGAGAGCGCCAUCACCCGAUCCCACAGCACGGUCAUCACCAACAAGGUUGUCCAGGCGGCCAAGGAGGCCGGUGGUGAAAAGUACCGGGCGUGUGUUGUCUAUGCUUUAUUGGUCAACAUGCGAUGGUUCAAGCGGGAAGCAACCGCUGAGUUGUGGGAUGCCGACCUCCAUGCCCUUCGUGCUAUCGCCUGUACUGUCAUUGCCAAACAGAUUAUCGAAGGAGAAGAGGAUAUUGAAUAUCUGCUUCACCAUAUCCUUCUCCGCCGAUACUCUUUCAUCAUCGACAAGGUCCCCACAGCCCCUACCAAUGUCGUCGAGAAGGCCGUAGAUCUACACGCAGUACGAGUUAUUGGAUCUUCUGGUUACCAGAAAUGCAUUCAAUACCUCUGGCGUGGCUGGUUGGUCCAAGACGAAGACGAUCCGUCCCAAUUUGUCGACUACAAGAACAAAGCCAAUACUGGCUUUUUCAUCCAUAUGGACCCCGAUCGUAUGCGUUCCCCUCGCUAUCAAAACGCCGCCCAGCUUCUCUUUUCCAUCAUCUACCUCGCCUUGUACACGGCCGCAGUCAACUCUGCCAAUGCAUCAGGAGUGCUCGACGGUGCUGAAAUUGCGCUUUACAUCUUCACUUUUGCCUAUGUUUGCGACGAAUGCCUCAAGUACUACAAAGCUGGCUAUCACAUCUUGGGAUUCUGGAACGUCUUCAACUUUGUUCUUUACGGAUUCUUGACUGCUUCAUUGGUCUUGCGCAUAAUAGGACAAGCAUAUUGGAACAAUGGCGAGGUGCAUAAGAAGUACAAUGAACUCAGUUACAAUGUGCUAUCAUUCGUCGCGCCUAUGUUCUGGUCUCGUCUCUUGCUGUACUUUGACAGCUUCCGAUUCUUUGGCGCUAUGCUCGUUGUGCUGAAGGUUAUGAUGAAGGAGUCACUCAUCUUUUUUGCGUUACUUAUCGUUGUCAUCGUUGGGUUUCUCCAGGCAUUCAUUGGUCUGGAUAUCGCCGAUGACAAUGUUCUCGGAGACACUUGGUUCAUUAUUGAGGCAAUGCUUAAGGCUAUUAUGCAAAGUCCCGAGUUUGAUGGAUUCGAAGAUUUCGGACACCCCUUUGGUUUGAUUCUCUACUACUGCUUUACCUUUGUUGUCAUGAUCAUUCUCCUCAACAUCCUCAUUGCGCUUUACAACUCAGCCUACGAGGAUAUUUACGAGAACGCCGACGAUGAAUACCUGGCACUAUUUGCACAGAAGACGAUGCAGUUCGUUAGAGCUCCUGACGAGAACGUCUACAUCGCACCAUUCAACCUUGUCGAGAUGGUGAUCUCAGGUCUGCUGGAAUGGUGGGUACCCAAAGACACGUAUGAGUUCAUCAACGAUUGUGUCAUGGCCACUCUAUACUCCCCUCUCCUCUUCGUAGCAGCCUGGAACGAGAGACGCGACGCUCGCAAGAUUCGAAGCAACCGCUCACGAGGCGAGGAUGAUGAUGACAGGGUCUUCGAAUGGGAACAGUUCCACGAGGACUUCGACAUGGAAGGCGAAGGUUGGACCAAGACCUGUGAGAUCGUCAAGCCUAAUGUGGAAGACGAGCCUGCCGUGAUCGAAGUACGCAAACUGCGGUCUGAAGUGGAAGACCUCAAGACAAUGCUUUCGCAACUCACCAACGCUAUGCAAGGGAGCGACAACAAGACAUUGACUAGUUCGACGAGCGGCAAAGAACCAGAAGCUGAGGACGACGACGACCAGGACAAUUCGGAAGCUACCGAGACCCAAGACGCGCCGGAGACAUCUGAUACCGCAGAGGCAGAGGCAACUUCAGGUGAUAACAAACAGGGCAAGAAGAAGAACAAGAAGAACAAGAAGAAGGGUCCUGGCUCUAGUAGCUAA